CACCAAUUGAGCGGAGGUGUUUGUGUCAAGUGAUGAAUAGGCUACCAGUGGAUGGUUCUUACAUGCAUGGAGAUAGCUGGAUGUAUUGCUGAGCUGAGAGGGUGAGAAAGGAUGUUGGAUUGCGUUGGGUUUUGGGUUGGUUUGUAAGAUUAGGUACCUCUGUAUCUACUGUAACCAACGUGCCAACCUUUUUCUGACCGAUACAGUCAACAAUAUUUCCCCCCCUUCUUUCCCUUCUUUUUCCUUAUCGGUGCCUCUGAUCAUCAUUUACCCCUCGAGCCUCCCCUUUCUUCCCCUUCCCUCUUCCUCCUCCUCAAAUACUCAAGCUCCUCCGAGAUGGCAACUCUCAAUCCCGCCUACGAGCUCUCCACCGCCGUCCCCGCUGAUAUGGACGAGGUCUUCCGCAUGAUGGAGGUAGCCUAUUACAACGAUGCAGUCUGGAAACAUGCACGGAAGAAUGUUAGGGAUGAGGAUUUGCAUGUGUGGUUUAUGAAGUUUGUGGCGCCGAGGUGGGAUAUGCCUGAUACGGAGACUUUUAAGAUUGUUGAUAGGGCGAGUGGGUUAGUUUCUUGUUUUUUUGUCUGUUGCACUGAACUUGGUCUUUUGAUUUCUUUGGUAGUUGGCCUUGGUGUUCUUUUUGGAUGGGGAGGAGGGAGGAGGAAAUCAAGUGGCGGACUGAACUUAUAAACCAGAGAGUACAGUACGUGAAGAGUAAUCCUAACUAACAAUACCUCGCUACACAGAAGAAUAAUAGCAUGGACCGCCCUCCAAUACCCCUGGAAACACCGUCCGGCCAUGACAAAAGAACUCCAAGACCUAGCAAACGAUCACACUCCCCCCUCUGAUUUCUACUGGCCAGAGGGUUUCUUCAUCCCACCCUGGGAUGCUUUCUUGGAAGUCAUGUACAGUGCCAAUUCCCACGAUUACAACCCCGAGGAAGAUUAUCGUUUGUUCCCCCUCUCACUUUCCCCAUUUCCCCUCCUUCAUAACUCCCAAGCUCAACCCAACUCAACAAAUCGAGAAUAAAUAAAUCUGACAUGUAUUCAAUGAAAAAGAUAGGAAAGGAACCAUGGUCCACCCCACCUUCCAGAAACAAGGUCUCGGCACGAUCCUGACGCAACAUACUAACUCUAUCUCCGCGCGAACGGGCGGGCGGACCUGGGCGCCUGCGAGACCUAGUUCGUAUAAGAUGUUUUUGAAUGAGAGGUUUCGGGAUGUGGCUGUUAUUGAUAAUCAGACGGAGAGGUGGGGUGGGACGAAGGAAGAAGGGUUGAAUUAUUUACUUAGGAGGGAUGAGGUUGAUGUUGGGGCUUUAGGGGUGUGAAGGAAGGUGGAGUGUAAGUAAUACCAUUUUAUAGGUAUUGGUCAACUAGAUGAUUAAAUGAUAACUUUUCUAGAGA